AUGGAUAAGAAGAAAGUGGCUGUCCCUCUUGUAUGCCAUGGUCAUUCUCGCCCGGUGGUGGAUUUGUUUUACAGCCCGAUUACUCCAGAUGGGUUUUUCCUCAUCAGUGCCAGCAAGGAUUCCACUCCUAUGCUUAGAAAUGGAGAGACUGGGGACUGGAUUGGAACUUUUGAGGGGCAUAAAGGUGCAGUGUGGAGUUGCUGUUUGGACACUAACGCCCUUCGUGCUGCUUCAGCAUCUGCUGAUUUCACUGCGAAAAUAUGGGAUGCAUUAACUGGGGAUGAAUUACACUCAUUUGACCACAAACAUAUUGUUCGGGCAUGUUCCUUCUCCGAGGAUACACAUCUUCUUCUGACGGGUGGUUUUGAGAAGAUACUUCGUAUAUUUGAUUUAAAUCGUCCGGAUGCACCCCCACGGGAAGUUGAGAAGUCUAGCCCUGGAUCUGUGAGGACGGUUGCAUGGCUUCAUAGUGACCAAACUAUAUUAAGCUCUUGCUCUGAUUCAGGAGGUGUAAGGCUAUGGGAUGUGAGAAGUGGCAAAAUUGUCCAUACACUAGAAACAAAAUCAUCUGUGACAAGUGCUGAAGUAAGUAAAGAUGGACGUUAUAUUACCACUGCAGAUGGAUCUAGUGUCAAGUUCUGGGAUGCAAAUCAUUUUGGACUGGUUAAAAGCUAUGAUAUGCCAUGUACUGUGGAAUCAGCAUCAUUGGAACCAAAGUUUGGUAAUAAGUUUAUUGCUGGAGGGGAAGACAUGUGGAUUCGUCUCUUUGAUUUUAAUACUGGCGAAGAGAUUGCAAUCUGCAAAGGUCACCAUGGUCCGGUCCAUUCUGUACGCUUCUCACCGGGAGGUGAAUCAUAUGCAUCCGGCUCAGAAGAUGGAACCGUAAGAAUAUGGCAGACGCAGCCACCCACACCCACAACUGCUUUAAAUGGCCCAAACAAGCACUCUUCACCUUCACCCCUUGAAGUGGUUGCAUCAAAGCUGGAGGAUUUACAUGUUGCCAACAAAGACUAAGAAGAAUCAUGUUCAUGUUCAUGUUCAUCUUCAUGUUCAUGUUCAGGUUAUAUUAUUAAUCUAACCAGUAGUAACAUAUGUUUUGUUGAAUCACUUGAAAGUUGAGUAUCCUCCUUCAAACACAGGGUUUGAUUUCCUUCCGUGGUCUUUUUUUCUUGUGAUUUUAUACGUAUAAUUGGGUUAUGUGUUGAAAGUUGCAUCCCGUCUCAAAUCGAUUAUGAUUGCUUUAAAUAGUUAGUAAGUUUUCUGUCAUUCUCUUAGUUGGUCUAAAAGUUGUCGAAUUUUUAAUCCAGUGCCUUGAAAGUAAGGAUGACAUAGGACAGAACAAAACAGAUUGUAUUGUGUGUUGUGUGUAAUCGAUUGAAGAUAUGCACGUGAACAACCCUCCUUUGUUGAAGAUCUUUC